UAUUUUCUAAGACCAAGCACACCCAAGUAUCUCGUGUAUGCAGGACAAAUAUGUAAGACCAAGCAUACCCAGGUAUCUCAUGCGUGUAGGACAAAAAUCUAAGACUAAGACUGGUUUGGGAUUGGUGAUUAUUUGUUGUAUUGCUGAGAUAAUGAUGGUAUCUACCACGAAUUUAAUUUAAAAUUAGUUGAAAAUAAAAAAUAUUAUAACAAUGCUUCAACAAACCUUCAAUAAAUAUUCACUUUCUUAUAAAAAACUUGCAAGAUAUUUUUCAACCAGACACGUCUUGAUCACCUUAAUGGUCCAUCUCCGACGAAAUAAAUGCAAAAUUUCUAUGACAUGUGUGUGUGAAUUGACAAUAAAUAACAAUAACCUGCGUUGGCCGUUACCUCUUGCUUUUGAAGGGUUAAGCAGUUGCAGAGCCAAAGAUUCAGAUAUAUAUGCAGCAGCCAAGUUCAAUUGGGCAAAGUUUUCCUUCCAUUUUCAGUCCCUUGCCAAUGUCUCCAUUGAAGCUCCUUGUCAUUCUUCUUCACACUGCAACCACUUUGUGUUCAGUUUCCACCACCGAAUUUGUCUAUAACACAAACUUCAACUCCACAAACAUCAUUUUAUAUGGAGAUGCCUCUGUAGAAACCUCCAUUCUGACUCUCACAAAUUCGAGUUUCUUUUCCAUUGGCCGUGCUUUUUACCCUCACAAAAUACCUACCAAAAAAGCCAACUCCCCCACUUUACUCCCCUUUGCAACCUCCUUCAUUUUCUCAAUUGCUCCCAUCAAAAACUUUUUCACUGGCCAUGGCUUUGUCUUCCUAUUCACAUCAUCAAGAGGUGUAAAUGGUACCACUUCAGCAGAGUAUAUCGGUCUUUUCAAUCGUAGCAACGAAGGCAAUCCUCAGAACCAUGUUUUUGGAGUUGAGUUUGAUAUAGUCCAAAAUCCAGAAGAGUUCCAUGAUAUUAGUGAUAAUCAUGUCGGUGUUGACAUAAACUCGCUUCGCUCUUUAACUUCACAUGAAGCUGGUUAUUGGGGAGGAAAAGGUGACAAAAAGUUUAAGGUGUUGGAGCUAAACAAUGGACAGAACUAUCAGGUAUGGAUUGAAUUUAUGCACUCUCAACUUAACGUUACCAUGACUCGGGCAGGACUAAAGAAGCCUAGAGUGCCUCUUAUCAGUAGCAAUGUAAGCCUUUCAGGGGUUCUUAUGGAUGAAACAUACGUUGGAUUCACUGCAGCAACAGGGAAGAUAGUAGACAGUACUAGGAUUCUUGCUUGGAGUUUUAGUAAUUCAAAUUUUUCAAUAGGUGAUGCUUUGGUGACAGAAAAUUUGCCUUCAUUUGUACAUCAUAAAAGGUGGUUUUCUGAUAGGCGAGUUUUGGCUGCAGGUGUGACCAUUAUUUUGUGUGUGUUAAUCACUGGCUGUGGUUUUGUAGUUUUUUUCAUCCUGCGCAGAGGCAAGACACUAGAAAAAGUUGAGGACUGGGAACUGGAGUAUUGGCCUCAUAGGAUUGGUUUCCAUGAUAUUUAUGCAGCAACAAGAGGGUUUUCUGAAGAGAAUGUGGUUGCUGUUGGAGGGAACGGGAAGGUGUAUAAAGGGGUUUUGCAUGGAGCAGAAGUUGCAGUGAAGAGAAUCCCUCAAGAAAGGGAAGAAGGGAUGAGAGAGUUUUUGGCUGAGGUUUCAAUUCUGGGCAGAAUGAAGCACAAAAAUUUAGUAGGAUUGAGAGGUUGGUGCAAAAAGGAAAGGGGAAACUUGAUUCUAGUUUAUGACUUCAUGAGCAAGGGAAGUUUAGACAAAAGGAUAUUUGAGUGUGAAGAGAGAAUGGUGCUGACAUGGGAAGAGAGGAUUCAAGUUCUGAAAAACGUAGCCACAGGGAUUCUGUACCUGCAUGAAGGUUGGGAAGUUAAGGUCUUGCAUGGUGACAUUAAAGCAUGCAAUGUUCUUCUUGACAAGGACAUGAAUGCAAGGCUGGGGGAUUUUGGAUUGGCUCGUAUGCAUGAUCAUCAUGGACAAGUUGCAAGCACGACAAGAGUAAUUGGGACAAUAGGAUACAUUGCUCCUGAAGUGAUUCGAACAGGAACAGUGUCAACUAUGUCUGAUGUGUUUGGUUUUGGAAUAUUGGUACUGGAAGUAAUUUGCGGGCGAAGAUCAAUUGAAGAACAUAAACCAGGUCUUACUGAUUGGUUGGUGUCUCUAAUGGUGCAAGGCCAAUUGCAAAGUGCUGUUGAUGAAAGGUUGAAGGCUAAAUGGGGAUACAGCGCAGAGGAAGCUGAAAGAUUGCUUCAUUUGGGUUUGUUGUGUUCAGAUUCUGACCCUAGUAUUCGACCAACGAUGAGGCAGGUUGUGAAAAUGUUGGAAGGGGAAAUGGACAACACUGAUGAAGAAAACAUGGAGAUGAGUUUGCUUGGAAAAGUAAAAUCAGCUGCAAUGUGGUCUAAACCUGAAUGUGCUUUUCCUUGCAGUGGUUACCCAACUUUUGAUGAAAUUAAGAUGUUCAGUUUCAGUUCUUGGACUUCUGGGAGUGGCUCGAGUACUUUUCCAGGAUCAGAGUCAGAAAUCAUCAGAGUAAACAGAUGAUGUUUUUACUAUUUCAUUGUUACAGAUUUUAGUUACAAAAAACUAAAGUAACCAAUAGAGAAUAUUCUAGGUGUAGCUUUCUUGCUUGUUUGUUUGGAUGUAGCAUGCAUCACCAAAAAGAAAGAAAACAUGAGAUCAGUUACUUCAGGGUGUGAUUUCUCUGUUUUUAUGAGAUUUUAUUAUAUUAAACUCUGCUAAGAAUUG